AUGGGGCUCUCUGGUAUAUUCAAGAUGCAAGCCCUCCUUGUCCUCCUGGGGACUACAAACCUCAUCUUGAAUCUUGCCUUUGCUGCCUCGCUCCCAGGCAACUCAUCCUACGUGGCUGCUGUCGGGUUUCCGACCUCUGCAUUCUCAUCCUACUACCUUUCCCCUGCCCAGCCAACCAGCCAACCCCAGCCGAUCAUCUAUGACCCGGUGUUGGAUCUCACCUUCCCUUACGAAUUGACUGAUCCUGACAAUAUUCCUGACAAUCAGGAUGAGGUCUCCUUCCCUGUGCCGCGAACUCAUAUGCCUGCCAAAAAGAGGUAUAAGCUGGUUCAGGAAGUAGUAUCCAAUGUGACCAACAUCCUUAAGUCAAAUAGCACUGAAGACGACUGUACCAGAUGCAAGAAUGCCCUAGCCGCAGCGAAGCCUGCAGCGUUGCACGGCCCAGCUUUCGUUCCUAGUGCCAUGAUCGGCCUGUGCAAGACCUUUCGCUUCCAUGCUGAUGAGACGUGCGAGCAAGACUAUGCCACAAACACCUUCGGCGCUACCUGGACUCAGGUGCUGGCAUAUGCUGAUGUCGAAGGACUGGAUGGUCAAUACAUCUGCCAUUCUCUCGGCAGCUAUUGCAGCGCACCAAAGACCAACCUGCUUGACACAACCAAGCUUUUCCCCGAGCCCAAACCUGCGGAUGCCCAGGUCCCCAAAGCAAGUGGAGAGCGGGUCAAGGUACUGCAUCUGUCAGACUUCCAUCUUGAUGCCCGGUAUGCCGUCAGUUCCGAAGCAAACUGCACGUCUAGCCUCUGCUGUCGGAGUGACAACUCCAACGACCUCUCCGAAGACAAGCCACUGGUUCCUGCCUCCGCGUAUGGCUCUUUCCGGUGCGAUACCCCAUAUGACUUGGGUCUCACUGCUUUGCAAGCUGUUGGCCCUCUCACUGGAACAGGAAAAGGAAAACACGACGAGCACUUUGCAUGGACACUCUAUACGGGUGACCUGGUAUCGCAUGAUCCGGCAUCCCAGAUAUCUAAGGCGUUAACUCAGUAUACGGAGAGCAGCAUUUAUGGCAUGUUCAAACACUAUCUCUCCGGUCCUAUCUUUGCGGCGCUUGGAAAUCAUGACACCAGUCCCGCAAACAUCGAUUCUGCUCGUAACCUCCCGGGGCGCUUGAGGGAACAGCAAAGCUGGAAUUAUGAGCACUUGGCUGGACUGUGGCAGCAUGAAGGGUGGAUUAGUCGGAAGACCGCCGAUGAAGCGAGAACGCAUUAUGGUGGUUACUCGAUCAAGACACACUACGGACUGCGCAUCAUUGCAUUCAACACUGACUUUUGGUACCCGCAGAACUUUUUGAAUUUCAUCAACACCACUGAUCCCGAUAACUCUGGGACGUUCUCCUGGAUGAUCGAAGAAUUGCAAAAGGCCGAGGAUGCCGGUGAGCGUGUCUGGAUAGUCGGCCAUGUCCUCAGUGGCUGGGAUGGGAGCAAUACCCUCCCAAACCCGACCGAUUUAUUCUACCAGAUCGUGGACCGCUAUUCGCCCCACGUCAUUGCUAACAUCUUCUUCGGACACACCCAUGAGGAUGAGUUCAUGGUUUACUAUGCCAACAACGGAACUGUGCAGAAUGCAGAUAACGCCCUUACCACCGGUUGGAUCAUGCCCAGCAUAACCCCUCUGACAAACCUGAACAGUGGCUUCCGUAUGUAUGAGGUGGAUACGGGUGACUUCAAUAUUUACGAAGCAUACACCUUCUACAGCAAUGUGUCGGACUACCCCACUCUCAAGCACACAGGUCCGACAUUUGAGAUCGAAUAUUCCACCCGCGAUGCAUAUGGACUGGCAGCUGGGUGGGAUGAGGAUGCACCGUUGAACGCGACCUUCUGGCACCGGGUUACUGAGGCCAUGGAGAAUGACGUGGAACUCGUUAGUCUGUAUAACACUUAUCAGGGGAAACAGAGCGUCAAGAGCCCCAAGUGUACUACAGCCAAGUGCCAAAAGGCCAAGAUCUGUUACAUGCGCAGUGGUAGUUUUGCAUUGGGUAGCCAGUGCCCUCAAGGAUAUGGAUCUGUGCAGAGUUCCUUUAAGGAGAACUAG